GAGAAGGGUGUGAGUGGCGGGGGAGGAGGGGCGUAAGGAUAAGAAUCAGUAGCAAUGGCGGAUGUGGUGUUUGCUGAAGCCUAGUCUUGAAAAUGUCCAUGAUAUCUUGCUCCCAUUGCGUUUUAAACGUGAUUUCUAUUGACGCCAUUUAUUACGUGCUCCGCGGAUAAGGGGUUAGAGGUCCAGAUGAUUUGUGAGGACUUUUGUGAAGUAAUCACAUCUACGACGUGUUUUGGUGAACUCGUCUGCUUUUAAUUGACAUGACACUAGAGGAUCCCUUCUUUGUUGUGAAAGAUGAAGUGUCGAAAGCUUUGAACAAGACCAAAGUCUUGUAUCAGCGGUGGCUUGAGCUGCAGAAAGACACAGGUCUUAAUGUUACCAAAGACGACUUGGAGUGGACCACAACAGAGCUUCGGAAUUCCUUGAGAAGCAUAGAAUGGGAUAUUGAUGAUCUUGAAGACACUAAAAAUAUUGUUGAAAAAAAUCCUUCAAAGUUCAAGAUUGACAACAAAGAACUCACAAAUAGAAAACUUUUCAUUGAACAAGCACGUGAGGAAGUAAAGGUGAUGCGGGAUAAAAUGAACAUGAACAAGAACAGAGACCGUGACCGUACUGCGCGCCAGCCUCUCCUGGACACUCGAGAUAGCAGCCCUGUUCGAGUCCCAUCUAGUCACAACUCAACUAAAUAUUCUAAAUUGGAAAAUGACUUGGAUAGCCCCAGCCGGCAAUUCCUAGAUGAUACACUUGCGCAGCAGAGAAGCCUUAUUCUGGGACAAGAUGACACCCUUGAUGCAAUCAGUGGCAGUGUAGGCACUCUGAAAACGGUGUCUCGGCAGAUUGGUUCUGAGUUAGAUGAGCAUGCAGUAAUGCUGGAAGACUUUGGCAAUGAAAUGGAGACUGCUGAUGUUAAAAUGGAUGCCACUAUGAAAAAAGUUGCAAAGCUUAUGCAUAUGACCAAUGAUAGAAGACAGUGGAUGGCUAUUGGUAUUCUGUCAUGCAUUCUAAUUAUUAUCAUCAUAUUAUUUAAAUUUCUCUAACAAUUUGAUGAAGAAAACUGCUUUAUUUGUGGAGUAAAGAAUAAUUUCAUCUAAGCAGUAAGAUUUAUUGUGACUGUCCAAAGAAAAGACUUUACUUUGCAGUUCAUAUAUUUUGGCACAGGAACUGUCAGUUCUUCAAGAACCCCAUAAUCAUGAAUUAAAGUCUUACAUAAAACAAGUUUUGAUCUGAGAUUGUAACUGUUUAUGUUUUGAUGUUUGGUGUAUGAGAUGAACUAUCUGUUUCUUGGUAAGUUGAGUAUACAUUGUAUCUCUGGUUAGUCUUACUUUAAAUACCUGUAUUGCAAACUAUGGAUGCAAUUCCUAAGUCAAGAUAUACAUUAAUUUGGAACUAUCUCAAGGAAUGAAAAUUUGUCAGGAUGACAUCAUGUGACAAAUUUAGUCAUCUUGGUAUCACGUGUGUCCUCAUGACAUCAUUUUAGUGUGUGAAGAGGACCAAAUUUUGACUGGUGACGUCACUUGAUGUAAUCAUGAAGAAUUUGUGUCUCUUGGGAUAGAACAUGGUACAAUGUGUUCGAGAUAGAUCAGAAAGCUGGGUGAUUUGCCAAAAGUUUGACAUGUUCAAUGUCCAUGAUUGACUAAGUUUAAGUAUCCUUGUUUGCUUUAUUAAAAUUACUUUUCUGAUUUGUUUUUAAUAGACUGAUUUAUUUUAAUCAUAUGAUGUGUUAUUUUACUUGCAAUGUUAUUGGCAUCAAGGCCUGUAAAAUAGCAUAAAGAGUGAUAUUUUUCUUUUUUUGUAUGUGAAUUUUAAGUAUGUUGUGAUUUUUGAGUAGAGAAAUGGUUUAUAAUCUUACAUCACUGGUAGCUGCUGUUAAAUUUUAAUCUAUAGAAUUUGUUCCCCAAAUUAUUUUGUCUAGCAUUCCAUUUAAACUUUGGAUCUGUUGAAACUUUUACAUUUGAUCUCAUGAAGCUGACAGUCUACUACCCCACUUACUUCAACUCCUUUUUUGGAACUGUACCCAGACCCAGCUCAUAAAAAUCAGAUCCUUUACAAGUGAAACAUACGCAACAGGGUUUAGUCAUCCUGAUAUGUUCCUUGCUUUUCUUUCCUCUUUAACUAAUUCUUUUUGCAUAUGUGAUCUCACCUUUCACUUUCAGUCUCUAAAAGUUCCAUCAGCACUAAUUGAACCCAUAAGACACAUGUAAUCUUUGUGAGCGCUCCCUCAUUUGAAUUUUGUAUUUAUUCUCUUUUACAAGUGUGAUGUGUCUAAAAAAUUCCUGUAGGAUGAUGUAACUUUGCGAAAGUACUUAUCCUCUAGUUAUAUUAUGAAUGCUACUAUUUUCUACAGUUUUGAGCUUUACAAAUGGAUGUGGAAAGGUGCCUACAGUGCAGAAAAUUAUUGUCAUCCUGAAGUGUGUGUACUGUUAAUACACUGCUUGCGUUGUGAGAAUCAAGUUUGGAAUUGUGAACAUCAAUGCCUAUAUAUGAAUUAAACUUAGACUUACAAACAAAUAUAA